GAAAAACUCUCAUGGCCUAUCCAUUUUUAUAUUAUACAUGUAUAAUUAAAUAUUUCCGUACUACUCUGUACAAAUGUUGAACGUUUUUUUAAAAUUUUUAUUGUGGUAGAUUAUUGCGAUUGGUUUACUCCAUUUAAAAUAAGUACAAAAAAAUCGGCAGUAUGCCUAAAAGAAGAAAAUCACCAAGAACGCCAAGUCGUCAUUCUGCUGAACGUUUUUCACCAACACAAUCACAACGAAAAUCUAGAAAUGAUUAUCAAGUUGCCGGACCCUCGUGUUCAACGUAAGUAUUAUACCUACUAAAUAUAUCUGUCUACUAUUUUAUUUCUCGCCUAAAUACAUUUUAUACUUAACAAUGGUGUUCAAUACAAAUUAAAAUUACCUAUAUAAGUAUUUAUUGUGGGUGCAACCCGAACAUGUCUUAAGAAAACCUCUUCUACAAUUCUAGUAGCGUAGCUGGUAAUCAGUCAAAAGGUCAAAAAGUUUGUAAAAAAAAAUAUUGUAAUUUCUGUAUAUAAUUUAAACAUUUUCAUUUUGCCCCAAGGCUCACCUCAAUCAAUAUUUUUUCCCCUAUAUGUUAUCUACCCGAUGUUUCGCACAAUAAAUCUAGGGUUAUUUUCGAAACGAAAACUUGCUCCAAACGAGCGAGUGACUCCCCCAGGUCUCUAGGUGUGCGCAAAGUACCUUUUUCAGAAUGGACUUUUCUUCCGUGAUUCAACAUCUGAAAUUAUCAAAAUUUUAAAAUCAAAACCUUUCCAUUUAUAUUAUUUUAUCUUGCCUACCCAGAAAAAUAUUUUUGGCUACUGUCAUGUAUCCCAUCAUAUAUGUAUAUUUUUUCCUAAGAAUGCUUAUCGAAUGUAGCCAAUUUACUUAUUGAUAAAUGAUUUUAUAAUUUACCAAUAUGUAUUAAUUUUAAAAACCUUAUUUUAAACUUAAAAUGAUAUCUAUAAUUAUUAAACUAACAUUUCAAUAAUGAAUAGAGACAAAAAAUAUAAUUUUAAUAAUGAGGCGCAUUAGAAACAAGUAAUGAUUUAUUAUUUAUUUUUAAUAAUUUAUAUUAUUUUUAAAAUAUAUAGUUAUGUUAUCCAAUUUUUUAUUAAAUGUAAAGAUUUUACACUUAAAUAAUUCAAUUAUCUAAAUCUGCGUUAUUCCGUGAUAUUGUUAAGAAGACAAAUAAUAAACUAUUAAAAUUAAUUAUAGAUAAACUUGCUGACACUCUUUACAUUUUUCUUUUUCAUCAUAUCGGAUAUUACCGUAGAACUACCAAUAAAAAAAUACCAACUGAUUUUAUGUUCUAUUUUCACUUGAGUUUAAUAUUUAUUUUAUUGAUUUAAUGUUGUGUUAAUAAUUAAUUCUAGGCUACUUUUAUAAUUAUAUAACUUUGUUGAUUUUUGCAAUCCCUAAGUUUUAUACAGCUGUGGAGUAAGAUAAUGCUUGGAAAUAAAAUUAAUAAAAGUACCCAGUUGUUAGACAUUAAACAUUAGUUUGAUAGGUCAAAUAUAGCAGACUGGAUGCUGUUGAUCAAACAAAAUUUUAAACAGAUCAAACUGACUAAUUUUUUCCCACCAAUUUGAAUUAUAUUUAUCUAUGUAUGCAAUCUUUUUUUAUAUUGAUCUUUCUAAAGUGCCUUCCCAGUGAAAUUUCCUUUUAGAAAAAUAGCUAUCAUUAUAAAUUGGAGCAAAAUUGCUAGUAAAAAAAUUAUCCACAUGAUAAGUUAAAAUAGGUAACAAAAUAAAGAUAGAAAUUUAAAAUUUAAAAUCAAUUUAGUACAAUUUAAGUAUCAUUUUUAGGAGAUAUGUAUUAUCUCGGUGAAUAUGCUUUUUUUCAUGUGUUUCUGCUAGGUAUAUAUGCCUAUUGUAGGAAUAUACUCAAAUAAAUGUUAUGUACAAAUUAGAAAAAUUGGCCUAUAAUCUUGUGUUGAUUUAAUUGACUUAGAAGGGUAUGGUGAUUUGUUUUGUCUUUAAAAUAAACAUAAUACUUUACUGUAUAGUAUAUAUUUAUAUGGUGUAUGUUAAUUAAUAGGUAUGUGUCACAAAAUGCUCCUAAAAAACCAAUGUUUAGAGGACCAGAAACUGAUGUUUUACAAGAUCUUGUGAAGGACAAACUAAAAAACAUUAGAGUACAAAUGAUCAGAGCUGAUUUACAACAAAAUGACUCAUUUCGCCAGGCGUAUAUGUUUGAUGAUUCAAUACCUAAUAGAUCAAAAGGUAGGUGAUUAUUUGUUUCAAAGAAUAUUAUUUUUAACGGCAAAAUUAAAUAUAGUAUUAUGUACUUCAAACUACAAGAAUUUUCUUGUAAUUCAAUUCAAAUUGGAAAAUAUUAAUGCAUUAAGAAUAUUAUUAUUUUUUACAGUUGAACUUUGUUUUGCCUAAUCGAUUCAAGGAAUCAUACUAAAAACUAUUAGGAUAUUUUUUUGUGUUUGUGCUUUUAUACAUUAUAUGUUUAUUUAAUUUAAUUUCUUUUAAUGAUAUCACACAAUUCAAUUUUAUUCUUGAAUUUUUGAGGUGAUCGAUAUAAGUUUAUUUCAUUUACACCAAUUUUCAUUAUUGAGUUUAUUUUCUGUUAAUGUUAUCUAUAAAUUAAACUUGUAAUAAUCAUGUUGUGCUUAUAAUAUCUCUAGAUUAUUCAUAUUGUAGGUUUUCAAUAAAAAUUACUAUUUUAUCUAGGUUUUACAAUUUAUUAUAAUAUUGGUUAAUGAAUAUGCAGUACCAGCAAAUAAGAGUCAUUAACACAUAUGUUUUAGAAUUUAAAAGUUCAAACCAAAUUUAAAUUAAGUUAAUAUUAAAUAAUUAUCUUGACUAUAAUUAUUCCAAUUUUCUUAUGACAGCCGUGUAAAAUUUUUCUUCACUUUAAGAUUCAAAUUAUUUAAUGAGUUAAUAUUUUGAUUAAUAAUAAAUUUUGUAUAAUCUUUUAUAAUUUUUUUAUACAUUAGUUCUUGAUAAUUAUUAAUUUAAACUUUACCGUAAGUAAAAAAAAUAUUAAUUGGUAAAAUAUAUUUAAAUUAAUUCAAUUUAUUUGACUCAUAUUUCCAGUUUACUUAUAUUUGUCAGAUUUAUUUUAAAAGCAAAGUGACACCAUUUUAUGGCAACUCCAUUGAAAACUCAAGAAUGUUGUUCAAGUCUAUACAUUGCAUUACUUUUAAAGUUCAGGUAUAAAGUUUGAAGGGCCAUGGACAAAUUUGUCUACUCUAUAGAAAUUUAACUGCAUUGCACUUCUAUAUUAAAAAUGGUUAAAAUAUCCAUAUCAAUAAUUUUAGACAAAUAUUCAACUAAAAAUAUAUGCUACUGUGUACAAACAAUUAAUAAUUACUAUAACAUUAUUUAUAUAGAUUUUAAAAAAAAAAACAGUAAAUAAUUUGUUUACAAAUUCAAAAGAAAGUUGUUCAAAUAGCAGGUUAAUUAUAUAGAAUAUGUUUUAAAUUAAAGGAACAUUUAUUUUGUUAAAUUGUAUAACUAAGUAGAGUUCUUUAAUUGCACUAUGCAUUUUUUUUGUCUGUGUUAUAAUAAAGUUUCAGGAAUGUAUUACAAAAUUAUUAAAUAUAAAAUAAGUUGAUUAAUUAACAUUAACUAAUAUAAUUUUGUAUAUUAUAAUUGUUGAUUUUACAUCUUGUGAAUCUCUUACAUAAACUAUUAAGUAAAGAAUAAUUUACAUUUUUACAGUAAAUUAAUUUUAAUAUGUUCAAUUAUAACUUCAUUGUUUUAAUUAACCUUCUACUUUACAAAACAUACAUUUUAAAUAAUUAUAUAAUUUAUAAAUUACUAAGAAAAAAAAUAUUGACAUUUGCAAAUCAUCAAUAUUCAAUUUUCACCGUCAAAUACUUUGAAAUAGGUAAUAUAAAAUAUACCUAUUGCAAUAAUAAAAAUCUGACCUAUUUAGCAUGAUUGGUAGGCCAUUGUUGUAGAUAAGAAUUUGGAAAGAUAGAAGGGAACUUUCAUGUAUAUCUGUACGCAAAGAUUAAUCAUUACUAAUGAAAAAUGAUUGUGAGCAGAGUUCAGUUAUACAUGUUUUGAAAGGCCAUAAUAUUUACAGUUUGAAAAUAAUACAUUUUGUAAAUAUUCUUUUUCCACAUCUGUCCCAUUUAUAAGGAUAACCCCUGGGAUAAUCAAAAAAUGACCUCCCUAUGAUGAGGAUUUAAUUGAUAAGGAAAAUAGUUGACAUUAAAUCUUAGCAUAAUGUUUUUGAAAUUUGUUGUUUUUGAACAUAAAAUUUAAAAGUACUGUUUUACCCAAAAUAUUUAUUUUUAAAAAUUAAUUAAAAAAUAAAAUAAUUAAAUUUAUUUACUUUUUGAAGAUGGAAUUUGAAAAAUUGAGGUAAGACAAAAUGCAUCUUUGGUUUUGUGAAAAUAAUUGUGUUAGCAUAUUAUUAUGUUUUGGAUUUAUUCAAACUCUAGUACUCCCAUUUCACAGCUAAUUUAACAAUUAUUUCUAGCUAUUGCUAAAGUUUCAUCCUUUUUAACCACUACUUCCCACCUAAUUCUCAAUCUUCCCAACAGAUUUCCUUAUGGAGUACUCUUCCAGAACUGUCCUUAACAGUGUCAUUUGAUCUUCUACACAUAUAUCCAGCCUAUUGGUUUUUAAAAUAUUCUUUAUAUCAUAUUAUAAUUUUAAGUGUAUAAGUAUAUUAUAAAAUAUUAACAUGUUAAUGUUCUGAAUACAUUUCAAUGUUUUUUUAAAUUUGAUUUUUAAUUGUCCAAUUGAAUUUCUUUAAAUAUUUCUUUCUGCGCUUUCCUGAUUUCUAUCCAUUAGAUUGAAAUGAAAAAAAAUACAAAUUAUGCAAACAAUUUCAUUACGAAAUUGAUGACACAUAUCUUCCAUUAAUUAAUUUUUCAUUAUAAUUUUAAAAACAUUUAUAUUUUUAUGUGAAUUAUAGGAGAAAACAACUAUCAACAACUAUCAUGUUUUAAUUCAACUUGGAUGCAUUAUGAUAAUGCAGGUCAGUAUAUCUCAUUUUGUUAAUAAAACAAAGUUAAAUUACUUUUCGAGUAUAUUUGUGGUAAUUAUUAAAUAUUAUAAAUUUAGAUCAGAAUUAUGAAAUGAACCAUUCAUUGAGUCCCACAAGGAUAAUGUCUCGUAAUCAGAGUAUAUCACCACAAAGUAAUAUCAGUCGUCCACCUUCUCCUCCUCUACCUUAUUCUCCCAACCGAGAUCAUUUUAAUUCUGACAAUAUGUUACCCAGAGAUAGACCAGAACGCUCUCCAAAAAGGAAAAUUCAUAAACGUCCAUCUAGGGAUUUCAAGGAUCAGUUAAUAACUCAUAUUAAUUAAUUAAUGUUACAUAAUAUAAAUCAUUAUAUCAAAUUUAUAUGUUUUUUUUAGACACAAAAUCAACAAUUUUUCUUCUAGUCCUCCAGAAUCUAGAUCACCAGAUAUGCACAGGUUUAGAUCAGGUGAUCACAGUAGACACCAGAUAAUGGAUGAACCAAUUCGUUUUGAUAAUCGUUCAAGAUGUAGUGGAUCCCCUCCUGGAUAUUUUAGAAAUAAUUAUUCUUUUAAAAGUUCAUCACCUGAUAAUCGUUCAUUUUCUCCCAAUCACGGUCAAUCGCCUAUGUCACCACCAUCAUUGUGGGACUCUCCUCUAAGAGACCGUCCACCAUAUUCUAAUAAUCGUUUAAAAAGAAGGCGCUCAUCACCUAGACGUGAUCAUUCAAGAGAUAGACGCCGUCGUCGUUAUCAUUUUUCUCCUAGAGAAACACGAAGAAGAAUAUCUCCACCAGAACGAUCACCUAUGAAGCAUAGAGGUUUGUCUUCUAAACAAUUAAAGUUACUAUUUUAAUUCAAGAUUUUCAUAAAAAUUGUUUGUAUGGCUUAUUAAUAGGGGUAAUUAAGAAAAUAGGCCAUGAGCUUCGACCAGAUUGUGUUUCUAACAUUAAUUUUUUCUAAUUAUAUAUACAGUUUCUAGUUAGUGUAAAUUAAAUAAACAUAAUAAUUUAUGUGAUUAAAUGAUUUUGACACUCAAAUAAAAUUAAUAGAUCUAUAAAAAAAAACACUUAAUAGUAUAAGAAUUAAACUUUAUAAAAAUAAUACCAAAAUAAACUGACAUACUUUGAAUGAUGGGUAGGUUACUGUUGUAGGUAAGAAGUUAAAAAGGUAGAAUUUAGAGAGGAAUUCAAUCUUUUUUUGUAUUCAACCAUUAAUCAUUAUUAACGAAAAACGAUUCUGAGCAGAGUUCGAUUAUACAUAUUUUAAUAGACUGUCAUAUUCACAAUUUUUAUCAAAAAUUAAUAUUAAAAUUAUUUUCAAAUAAACUACAUUUAAUUAAACUUUUUUGGUUUUUGUUUUUAUUGUACAACUUAUUAUGAACCUCCUAUUAAAUUUUCAAUCAUUUCUAUUUGGUCAUGAUUUUAUGCACCAAGUACCUUCCAAAUAAAUAUUACUUUAAUACUCACAAUAUUAAAAUAUCUAUAAAUAACUUUAAAAUGUCUAAAAUGUUUUGAAAAUUUUAUCACUUUUAUAAAAAGAAAAUGUAAUGUUUUAUUCAAAUUUCAUGUCUCUAUGAAGAUUUUUAACUGAAUCAACAAAAAAACAAAUUUUAAAAUAAUAAGAUUAUUAUUUUCAUAAAUGUUAAAAUUUUUCCUACCUAUUUCCCUAAUUAUUUUUGAAACUACUUGUAAAAUCAAAAAAUAACUUCCUGAAAGUACCAAUUCAGGAAAAUUUCUAUAAGAAAAGUGGUACACUUGAAAAUUGGAUCAAGAUUUCUGGUAGGUUUUUGGAUACAGUAUAAUAAUAAUAAUAAAAAAAUUAACAUUUUAAAACCAAUACAUUCUUUGCUUUAUUCAGAGUUUAGUAGUUUGUUUUAUUAAUCAUACAUUAGUUUUUUUUUUUUUUUUUUAAAGCCACAUUUAGAAUUUUAAUAUGAACUGAUUUUAUGUUUUAUUUGAAAUGCUUGUUAAAUGUUAAUUAUUCUUAUUAAAUAUUAUUUUAUGUUAGAUAAUCCUAGAAAACGACCUAAUAAAAAUCAAGAAGGGCGUAAACGAGACACCAAAGAUAGAAAAAGACGAUCUCAAUCCAAUCCAAAAUCUAGAUCACAAGUAUUAUAUUGAAUUAAUUUAUUGCAAAUGUGUCCGAUGAUUAUUAUUUUGUUCAUUAGAAUCAACAAUCUUUAUUCCAGGAACCCCAACCAAUAUAUCCACAUGGAGUUGUGCAACUGCCACCUCCACUAAGACCUUUCCCUCCAAUAAUUCCACUACGACCACCACAUUUUCCUUCGAUGGGUGCAUGGAGGCCAAGAAUGCCACCACCAUCUGGUUGGCCAUAUCCAUGUAAGUUCCAUAAAUUAAUAACUAUUUGUUACAUGGUGGUUACUAUUAGUCUGACAGUCCUCUAACAUGGGUAUAUUGUUUAGAGCCAUUAGAUUAACAGAAAUUCAAAUUAAAUUAUUCUGCAUGAGUUACUUAAAUUGUCAGUGAUCCAUGGCAACUAUUCUUUUUUCAAUUAAUUAAAUUUUUUAUCUAUGAUGUAGAAAUAAAGACUUCAUAAAUUACACCAUGGUGUCCAAGAGAAACUGUACACUGUUUGUUUCAGUAUGAUCGGUAUAUUUUUAUUCAUAUUCCCCAUAUUAUAAACACAUAUUUAAGUCUUGCAGAUUAUGACUAUAUUCUCUAAAUUACUUUAGGAGUUAUCUAAAUAUAUUCAUAUAAAUAUUACAGUCAUGUAUUAUAAUUUAUAUUAUAGCCUAAUAUAAUCAAUAUUAUUCAUGUUAGGUCACUAUCUAUGCUAGUCGUUUUAUGGUAGUAAGCAUGUUAAAUAAAAAGCUGUAUUAUUUUCUUAUCAAAAUAAUAGGCAGAUUUAUAAAUUAGUAGUUUAAUAUCAUUAUUUUGAAUUAUUAUUAUUAUUAUAUUUUUUAUAUAUUUCAUUAUUAGUAUUAUCCAGGAUUAUCUAUCUAGAUCAAUGUUUCUCAACCUAGGGACCUCGGCCCCUUUUUGGAGUCUUCAACUAAUCAUUUAGUGUAACCAAAAAUAUAAAAUAUUGGAUCGCUGUGUAUAAUAUGUAUAUUAAAGGUCGUGGCAAUAAAAAGGUUGAGAAACACAGAUUUAGAUACAACAAUUGGUAUUAUAAUAUAUAUUUAUACAUAGAUACAAACUGUAGUAAUAUAUGUUUUUAGUAGUAUCAAUAUGAUAUAGGAAAUUAAAAAUCUAGGGAUUAUAUCACCACCAAUAAUCACAUUCACUAUGUUUCUAAAGUUGUUGUUUGUUUUUAAUAAAUUAAUUUCUUUAAAUUUUUUCUUGCCCAUGUUAACCAAAUUUUAUAAUAAUAACUUUUUUUCAUCUGUGCCACCAAAAACCUAGAAAUAAACUAAACAUACCUAAUUUAAUUUUAAAGCCAAAAAUCAAGCACCAAUAGUCUUUAGGGGUUGAAUUCUGCUGUAAAAAUUUGACUGUUUUUCUUUAGGAUACAAUCUAUAUUCCUGAUAAUAAAUUUGAUCAAGUUCAGCUUUACCACUAAACACUGAGUUUGACCAAUCUCUUAUAAUAGCUUCAAUUGUUUUUGUACAUUUUUAUUUGUGUUUGCGUGUAUAUAAUUGUCAAUGUACUAGCCCAAAGUGUUAAGGUAAAAUCAUUUCCAAAGAAAAUAUUAGAUUUUAAAUUUAAUAGUAAUCAGGAUGACAAUAAUUGUAUAGAUAAAUAAUACCUUUAAAUAUUAAAAUAUUUAUUAUUUAUUACCCAUGUAUUAUACAUAAUACAUUUAAGCAUUUUGGGUGUUCAAAAAAAUUAAAUUAAAUUUCCAUUGUGUCUGCCACACAAUUGAUUCAAGAAUUAAGUUAAUGAUUUUAAUAAUUUAUGCAUACCUUGCAAUCUUUAUUAUCAUUUAAUUAACUUUUAUAAACAUGUUUAUUAUUUUUCUGGUUGAACAAAUUACAUGGUUUAAAGAUUGAAUUAUAAUAAUAUAAUAAAUAUUGUUAUUUACAAUUAUUUUCAUUAUUAAAGUUAAACUAAUAAUAGUGGUUAUGUAUUAUGUGUGAAUAUUCCAAACCUUAUAUUAAAUUUAAAAAUUAAUUCAUAUAAUUAAUUACCAGAAUAAUGUACUUUUAAUGUAUACAAAAAAUACUUAGCCCUAUUGGAAAAAGCAUGAGUAGUAUAAAUGUAAUAAUGAACUAUAUGCUUUUUUUAAAAAAACAUUUGUAGACUGUAUUUAAAAAUAUUUAUUUUAGAUAUAUGUAAUUAGUUAGCAAGCAUGAAAGCCUUAUCAAUACAUCAAAUAUAUAUAUAUAUGUAGUUUAUUUAUUAAACAAUUAUAAUGAUUCGGUUUUAUUUACAAAGCUAUUGUUAAAGCAAAUUUCGUUUGUAGAUUGUAAAAUUAAUUAAAAAUUAUUUAAAAAGCUAUUUACCAAUAUUUCUUCAAAUAUUAAUGUUAAUCAGGAAAUAGAAUUUGCCUAAGAAUAGAAUUUGCUUAUUUUGUUGACAUAAUAUCCAGCAGCAUGGAUAUUUAUGUCAUGUUAAAAAUAUGAAAAUUGAAAGUGCAUUUUUUGCUUAUUUCAAAAUUUUGUUAAACAAAUUUUUAAUAGUUGUUUGCUCUUUAUUAGCUUAUUUCAGUGCUUAAAUGAAGUUUUUUUCUGAUUUAUCGUGUUUUAAGUCCUAAACUUUGGUGAUAAUUCAAUGUGUGAUAAACCCAUUUUCAAAUGUAUAUUUCAUUUCUUUAUACUAUUUAUAACAUAAUUUUAAUAUUUUUAAUGUUUUUACAGGCCCAAGGCCAUACUACUUCCCCUUCUAAAAUGGAGUGUCUACGAAUAAUUAUUUUUAAACAAUUUUUUGUUGUAUGUAUUUCAAUUUUAGUUAAAAUCAUACAUGCAUUUCUCAAACCAUACAAUUAAUGUUUUAUAAUAAACCAUUUUUAACCAUAAUGUCUUGAAUUCUAUCAUAAUUUUAAUUUGAUUAUGACAAACAAAUAAUAAUCAAUUUAUUUAUUUUUAAUUUUUUAAAACUAAUUAGAAUG